CAACGUUCUCCCUCCCCCUCACCCUCUACCUUUGCCCCUGCCUAGCACUGUGCUCCCAUCACGAGCGGCCAGACCUCCCCAGCAUGAUGUCAGGCAUCAGGGGAGUGCUACAGAAAAUCCUGAUCCUUCUGCAGGUUACUCUGACUGUUGUUGUGGGCAAAACACUGAUGAUACUGUUCCCCAACGCCAUGAAAAGAUAUAUCCUAAAGAUGGGAGAAAAGAGCAGAAUGAACCAGAAUCCAAAGUUCAGCUACGAAAACUGGGGCCCAACUUUCUUCAGCUUCAAGUAUUUGCAGUUUGUGCUGAAGGUGAAGUGGAAGAGGCUGGAGGAUGAAGCCUACGAAGGACAUCCUGCUCCCAACACUCACGUGGUGACCCUCGGUGGGGAAGUUUGUCACCUCCUGGAUUUCAUGAAAGAUAACCGACCUUUAAUCCUGAACUUUGGAAGUUGCACCUGACCUUCAUUUAUGCUAAAAUUUGAUGAGUUCAACAAGCUCAUCAAAGAUUUCAGCUCAAUAGCAGAUUUCCUUAUCAUCUACAUUGAGGAAGCUCAUGCCAUAGAUGGAUGGGCUUUUAAAAACAAUGUCAUUAUUAAAAAUCACAGAAGCCUUGAAGAUCGAAAAAUUGCAGCACAAUUUCUUCAGAAAAGUCACCCUUUAUGUCCAGUGGUUUUAGACACUAUGGAAAACCUGAGCAGUUCAAAAUAUGCUGCGCUGCCAGAGCGACUCUACGUGCUUCAAGGAGGGAAGGUCAUCUACAAGGGAGGAGUGGGGCCUUGGAAUUACCACCCCCAGGAAAUACGUGCCAUCCUAGAAAAACUGAAAUAAAAAAGAAGACUUCGAAGCAAAAACUAUUUGGACAGAGAAGUUCAAAAAUAAUUUAUCACAGAUCUACAUCUAAGGAACAAAAAACAGAAUUUAAAAACAGCCAUAGAGACAAGAAGAAGAAUGUUGUAUAUGCAAGUAUAUGCAUUGUUGUAUAUGCAAGGAGCACCUGGAAUGAGGUUUAUUAUGUUUGCCCAGAAACUUUCAGGUAUCAUCCCUACAACACCAACUUCUGUUCUGCAGUAAAUUACUACUCUUAUACCAAAUUCAGUAAUGUGGGAGCUGAGUCCAUUGAGCUCUGGAUACCAACAUUUAUAUUUGUUAUAAAUAUCCUGCAAGAUAAACUUCAGGGUGGUGACAUUUCCAAGAGUCCACUAGCAUGCAAAGCAACUGAUUUCACAUUACUAUACACAUUGCAUUUGUAUAUAUAAAAUGUUCCCUUUCACUGACUUCAGGAGGCUUCUGAGCAAGACAAUCUCUAUCAGCAUCUGUUUCUAUGAGUAUUUGUUAUGAUGGUCCCAGCCUAAAGCACUGGUGGCUGUGACCUGAUUCUAGAGAAUAUUUAUAGAAACAAGGGACUGAUGUAUAAUUAUUAAAAGCCUAUCAAAACA